UCCACCCCGAAACCAAGGGGGUACUAACUAACAGCUGAGUCCUCUCCGAACCGCAGGAGAUAGUUGCCCAUCAUACGGCUCACCAACUUCACUUGCCUCUAUGGGAGGCUCGCUCCGGGCAGGUUCGGAUCACUUACAAUACACGGGCUCUACGAAGGAAGGGGUUAGGAGCGUUUUCAAUAUGUAACCAAUGAAAUACUGUAUUUGUUCGAUGAGAAAUGCGAGUCUAUUUUGUCCACUUUCUGCAUCCCCCUCUAUCAAAAUGAUCAAAAAGGAAGGCGAGCUUGCUUCUUAUUCCCGUGUUUGAUCUCUUCCAUCUCUGCCUGGCUCGUUGUCACCUAUGUUGAAGAAAGGUUUGGAACCUUGUAGAGAAUGAAGAGGGGCCAAGGAUCUUCCUCUCAACAGUGCUUUUCGAGGCUCCCCCCUUAAUAAGUAAGGCCCCGUUAGCCUGGGGGAUAAAUAGUAAGGAUUGAAGCCCCCUUAGCUCUGGACAGGGGUUAGCUUUGUCAAUGUGUAGAGCCCUGUGUAGUGUGGUGUAGUAGUAGGCACUUCUAGGCCCCUUCCCGGCUACUGGAUCACUCCAGUGCUUCGGGUACUACGGACCCUCUGCCAUCCAUUGCAGCAGAGCCGUUUCAUGAGUGGGGGGGAGUUCUUUUCAUUCAACGUUGAAUGCUUUUUCUAUAUCAAAAUAGAAAUCAGAUAGCAUAGAUGGCAUAUAUGACUAAAAAAAAUGGAUAUUUAGAGUCACCCCAAAUCCUUUAUUUUGUUUUGCCAGGAAAUACUGCUUUGGACCCAGGAAGCGAAGGGAAUGAGCUCGGCUGCUUCUCCUCCACACUUCUUUUUCUUCGUGCCCGUUCCGCAUGCGCUUCGCGCGCCAUUGGCGCUUUGCUCUCCUCUUAUUCUUCAUUGGACGGUUCGGAUGGACUUCGCCGUUCUUUCCCAACUAAAAUAGAAAGGGCUGUAUCACAUCGAGAUGUCGAUUCGUUUUCCGCCCCCAAUGAGAUGGGGAAUUUGUAACCCCCUAUUUCCCUUCAUCUUUCUGAAUCGAGACCCGGCCCGGCUCGCGUCGUUCCAACAACCGGCGGGGAGCACCUCAGUAUACGAUCGCGCGGAGUAACUGGGAGUCAUUACACCUAAGGCCAACUUCAAUUCACCAAACUCAGGUUCAUCUUGUGUAGUGAUUGUGGACUCGUACAAGGAUAUUGAGUAGACGGUUUCUGUAUCAGACUCGACCCUAUCUUUCGUAGCAUGCAUUCCCAUCCGUGUCGCAACUGAUUCGGUAAGCUACGUGUCCGGUGCACGGAGAACUGCCUUCGGUCCCCCAAACUGACUGACUCGUGGAAACCUUCCGG